AUAUAUAUAUAUAUGUACACACACAUACAUAGAUACAUAAUAGCAUAAUAGUACAUUCAGACAGUACAUACAUACAUACAUACAAACAUACAUACAUACAUACAUGUGUGCGUGCAUGCAUGCAUAAACCUAUCAAAGUAUGAUAUAAACUUCCUCGUCACCGAAAACCCAGUUAUAGUAGUCACUCCGAGCUUACAUUCUCUGGCAAUAAAUAAUUCCAUUAAACACUUUAAAUACUUCAUGACAACGUCAUCGUGUUAAAACACAACUUGGCUUAACAAAGCUUUUAGGACAAAAAGAAAAGAAAAGAAAGAAAGAAAGGAACAAGAGAACGAGUAUUAACAAGAACAAAACUAUUAAAAUCCCCUUUCACAAUUUAACCCCUAUUGAGUUUUUCUAAAAACCCCCGAGACACCACCACAUCACGUCCGUCGCACUCACCAAAGAUAGAUAGGCGAAGAAAAGAAGAAAGAAAAGAAAAGAGACAGGCAGACAGGAUGCAAAUGAUGUUGUCACCUGUCAAAGCCACAUCAGAUACCAAUGACGAUGCGCUUAAUACUUUUGUCGGAAUAGGAAACCAAAGAAAGACUGUAAAUUAUUGAGAGACUUUGAAUCAUUAUGCUCAUAAGAGCAGCUACAAUGCCGCAGAAGAUACCAUUCCACGUGGCUCAUGUGUCCAGUCAGGACAAGAAUUACAGUGCUACGGAGUUAAAUUACCAUGGUCCACUGAACAAAGGAUGGCAAUCAAUAAGGUUCUGCAUGUACCCACAAGACGCUGUGCUUCAGUUAGAAUCCAGGGCCCAUAUUACAAAAAUACAAAUACUCUCACACCAAUAUCUCAUAUCCUCCAAGAUUGAAAUAUUUGUUGGAGAUAUUCCUGAAAAUGAGCCUCUUGACUUAAAAAACGUCCGAUAUGUAUGCCUUGGUUACAUAUCUUUGGCAAACAAUGAGAAGACAGACUUUCGUGUUCGAGAGCUCAAGUCGGUUCAUGUUGAUGCCACAGGGAUGUUCCUGAAGCUAAAUUUACACAAGAACUAUAUUAACAAAUACAACCUAUAUAAUCAGAUCAGUGUGGUUGCUAUCAACAUUAUUGGUGACAAGCUACAAGAAGACUCUACUCCAGUAAUGGAUCCGGAAGAAACCCAAAGCCAAGACAAAGAAUCUCCUUUGGCUGGAUUUAAUAGGCCAGAUUAUAUUUCGCCAUUGGAUGACUUGGCAUUUGAUAUGUACCAAGACCCAGGAGUUGCUCAGCUCAUUCGAAAACUCGAAAAAAAGAAGCAAGAAGCUGUUCUUCAAGAAAGAUAUGAAUUUGCAAAACGCAUCAAAAUUGGAAUUGAAAAAUUACAGAAGAGUGGAGAGAGACUUGGUAAACUUGAAGUAGAGAAGCGUCAAGCUGUGGAAAAUGAAGAUUAUGAUAAAGCACAAACGAAGAAAAUACAGAUCUUUGAAUUGAGGUUACAACUUUAUAAAGAAGUCAAGAUCAAAACACUUCUGGAACUUCCACAGACCCAAUCUAAGGAACUUAUAGCAUCAGAACUGUUUAAAGAAACCGAACCGAUUCUUUCUCCUCUGAAAAUUGAUACAACAGAACAGGGUAUGGUUUCAUCUCAAAGACCUCCACCUCCACCGUCUCCUCGUUCAGAUUAUGACGAAAGACCUCCUCCUCUUCCCCCUCCUCAUUCUGAAUAUGACGAAAGGCCACUUCCAGUGACAAAGAAAUCAAAACCAAUUUAUAAGCCAGUGGAAGAAAAGCCUGAUGAUUUCAAUGAUCAAGAACCCGAAGAUGUCAAAGUUCCUACAGAAAGCAAAGAUGAUAUCGAACCUUUGUCAGAGAAAGAAAUGCGAGAAGCUUCAGCAGCUAUCAAUGUAUUUGGCAUGCAUUUGGUAUCUAAAACUUACUCAAAAAGUUAUGCUCAUCGUGAAGAAGCUCUGGAAAGUUUAUCACAACAAAUCAGGCAGCAUGCCAUCAAUGAGGAUGCCCGGACGAUUCUAAGGGCAUUAAUUCUUCCAAUAAAGAGAGGUCUUGAAGAUCAAGUUCAUGCAGUUUUCAAAGCUACUCAGAAGCUUCUAAGACUCGUAUUAACCAAGUUUAUACAAGAAAAUAAAAUUCCUCGAUCUGACACAGUUAAUUUUAUCGAAAAGAUUCUUCCAAGUUUGUUUCAUAGAGCAGGUUACACAGCAUUGAGGACAAGGGAAGAGGCCAAAAGAUUUAUUUUAGAAAUUGCACAGUAUCCAGAAAUUAAAGCUUCUAAUAUAGUGCCAAAUGAAUGUGUGAAACCAUUCAAGAUGUCGGUGUUCUCCAGACUUGCCCGAAGCCGAGCUGAAUUAGUAGAGAUAUUGUACAAGGAAAUAGGAUUGUCCAUAAACAGUAAUGCACCAGGAAUGGCUGUUGUAGAUAUUAUGAACUUCUGCACUGUUGCUUGUCUCCAUCAUAGUUCUGAAGAUGUACGCCGAGUAGCUUUGCGUAUCAUACAGUUAUUAUAUGAAGACAUUGGACCACCAGUUCGGAACUAUUUGCCCCCGGAUGAUGACAAGAUUCGCAAGAACACACUGUAUAGACAAAUAUUUGAAUACUUUGAUAAACUUGAUAGCAAAAAUGCAAAGUCAACAUUGAAGCCACAGAAGUUAGGAGAACCGGUGAAGAAAUCCUCAGAAGUAGAUGCAUUGCAGAAUAAUCUGAAGAAUAUGAAAGCCAUUGUCAGUAAAGCGGAGGAAGAAAAUUAUUCUAGAAAAGGAAUAGAUGACAAAAAACCUACAACAAUAUCAAAACCUGUAGGAGACAUAAAUAUUCACAUUAAUUUUGUGCCAAAAGAGAACAACCAAAGUUCAAAAAAACGUCCAGAAUCUAAGAAUAUCAGAAAGAAAUAUAAACAAAUUCCAACACCAAUUGAAGUAACAAUUCCAGAGGUUGAUACCAAUAUAGAUUACACCUGUAUUUUCUGUGGUGAGAAAGACAAAUCAUUUGAUGAAAAGGGACUUGAUCUUCAUUAUUGGAAACAUUGCCCCAUGUUGAAACGCUGUGGUAAUUGUAAACAGGUUUUGGAAAUAUCAACGUAUAAGAAGCACCUGCUCACCGAAUGUGAUGCUAUGGACAACUAUCGGAAUUGUCCACGUUGCCAGGAGGCAGUGUUAAAAGAUGUCUACGACAGCCACAUCAGUGAACGAUUAUGCAGAGCCGUGGACAUAAAUGACACACAUUGUCCCCUGUGUCACAUGAAGAUAAAUCCUGGAGAUGAAGGAUGGAAAGACCACUUAACCGGAAGAGUAAAUGGGUGUAAAAACAACCCUAGGUUGCAUUUGCCUCCGACAAAACAGCAAUCGAAUAUCUCAAACCGCCCUCUGGUGACUAACAGGGCCAAAGAGAAGAGAAACAUAUCAAAACCUGUGGGAGGAAAACAGUUCAGAGGUGGACAUGUCUAAACAUGAAUCUCUGGGCCAUUGACCAUCAAAUAAAAAUUCAUUCGAUAGACGUUCCAUAAAGUCUCAUCUCAUCACAUAUACAUACACAUAAACACACAAAGAAUGGGGAAAAAAAAAAUAACCACUGUCUGCUUAAUGUAUUAAUGUAUUUAACAAUAUUAUCUUUAUUUUCAAAAACUUAUCUUUUACUUUAUUUUUACUAUAAACUUGAUAGUAGACAAAUAACAAGAUUUCCAAGUAUAUUGAAUAUUUAGACUACCUUAAAAAGCCACAUCAUAUCUAAUUCUUCUCAGUGUUUAAUAAGACCAUGUUGCAUCCAAUAUUUUUAUGUUAUAUCCAAUAUUUUAAGUAUAUAGGACAAUUUUUUGUUUUUUUUGUUUUAGAUUAGUUCUUAGCUACAGCAACAAAAAUUGAUUCAAUAUAAGUUUCCUUUAGAUUCCAACAAUAAAAAAGUAUAGGCAUAGGAGUGACUGUGUGGUAAGUUGCUUGCUUACCAACUAUAUGGUUCCGGGUUUAGUCCCACUGCGUGGCACCUUGGGCAAAUGUCUUCUGCUAUAGCCUCGGGCCGACCAAAACCUUGUGAACGGGUUUAGUAGAUGGAAACUGAAAGAAGCCAUAUAUAUAUAUAUAUAUAUAUAUAUAUAUAUCAUCAUCAUCGUCGUUUAACGUCCACUUUCCAUGCUAGCAUGGGUUGGACAUAUAUAUAUAGGCUCAGGAGUGACUGUGUGCUAAGAAGCUUGCUUACCAACCACACGGUUUCAGGUUCAGUUCCAAUGCAUGGCACAUUGGGCAAGUGUCUUCUGCUAUAGCCACGGGCCAACCAAAGCCUUGUGAGUGGGUUUGGUAGACGAAAACUGAAAGAAGCCCAUCGUAUAUAUAUAUAUAUAUAUAUAUAUAUGCAUACACACACACACAUAUAUAUAUGUAUGUGUGUGUAUAUGUUUGUGUGUCUGUGUUUGUUCCCCCAACAUCGCAUGACAACCGAUGCUGGUGUGUUUACGUCCCCGUAACUUAGCGGAUCAGCAAAAAAAGACCGAUAGAAUAAGUAUUAGGCUUGCAAAGAAUAAGUCCUGGGGUUGAUUUGCUUGACUAAAGGCGGUGCUCCAGCGUGGCCACAGUCAAAUGACUGAAACAAGUAAAAGAAAUCUCAACAGAUUUUUGUUAGUAAAAUAAUGUAACAGUUAUUCUACUGUGUGUGUGUGUGUGUGUGGUUUUAGAAAACAAGUUCAAUAUAGAAUUCAAACAUGGGAAAUUUUUUUAGAUAUUGAUUUGUAACAUCAAGGCAAAGUUUACAUGCGUGUGUUGUUUGUGAAUAUAUGCAAGAGUAUAGAAAAUAUUUGUGUGGCCAGUGGAAUAAUUUGUGUGUAAGCAGAUAAAUAGUCGUUGUAUGGAGCCAAUAGCUAAAAACACACACAUGUAUAUAAAAAUACAUACAUAUAUAUAUAUAUAUAUAUAUAUAUAUAUAUAUAUAUAUAUAUAUAUAUAUAUAUACAUAUAUACAUACAUAAAAACAUACAUACAUAUAUAUAUGCACACACAUACACAAACAAACACACACACACACACACACUCACACACUUGUAAUGUGAAUCUCUAAGCACGCAUACAGCUAUAAUGUUUUUUAAAACAUUCCAAAAGAAAACAAUUAUUUCACAUUCUCUCGAAAGUUUAUAAAAUUCUUGAUGUAAUCAAUAAAUAUAUUUGUGUUCGA